AGACCUUUGAUUCGCUCGUAUCCUUCACAUCAAACUUGACCAGCACUCUGUUCGACAGCGCCUACUCUGCUCUGGCAUCCGACUGUCGCCCCCUUGUGCUUCAUCUGUUCAGCGGCAUCAAACGCCACCUUUCUGGAAACUCUAACUCCUCAUUGGAGAGCACCGUGCGUCGAUUCUACAACGAUCUUUUCCCACUGGUCUAUCGCCGUUUGCUUAACCCCGGCAUUGGACACAUGUCACCCCAGUCCUAUUCCCCCCUCUCCGCCAAUCACGACGACUGCCUGAGGAUGACGAGGCAGGACGUCAGCCCAUUCGGACCACAUCCACGCCUUCUCGUCAGCAGCUUGUCUCGUGCACUUGGGGCUGGGCGAGCACUUAGCCGACUGCUGAGGUUGGCUGGAGAGGUUGUGAACGCGACUGAGAAGGCGACGUUAUCAAGAGAGUGUGGGCGGGGUUUAGUGAGGAUGCAGUACUGUUCCCACUGCAGAGGGCUGACACUGAUACGGCCCUGCACCGGACUGUGUGUCAACAUUAUGAGGGGAUGUCUGGUGGGUGUAUCAGAGCUUGGCGCCCCCUGGGGGAGUCUGGUGGUGCUGCUUCAACGGUUAUCUGCCACUUUAGCAACCAGCAGCAACAGCAACAGCAUGGAGCUGGCCCUGUUAGCAGUCAGGAAUCAUGUGAAUGAUGCUAUCCUGCACGCUCAGCUGCAUGGGCCGCGCAUCACAGCCACGGUGGAGAAGGUGUGUGGACCCCAGGCAGCAGCCCCCAUGAUGCCAAGUGAAAACCCCACCACCCCACGUGUUACGACCUCUGUGAGCCCCGCGACAUCCGUGACCACAGAGAGGUCGCAGGUCACGUCGACUCCCUCGGUGGGUCCGGCUGCUCAGCGACGUCUGCAGGUGCAGUCCCGUAGGUCAUUUGUCCUCAAAGGCUCCAAAGGAGACAAGAGUCGCAGCCUGAAGAAGCUAUCGAGGUGAAUCCUUCU